GGUUCUGCUCAGCUGCCUAACAGUUUUGCGCAGCCAGUUUCUCCCAGGACAGGCUGGAGUGUCCAAAAGCUUGGCCCGACUGCGAUUUCUACUGGUGUCAGGGCGGCGGCGGGGACUGGGAAGGGCUAGCAGCGAGAGGCGCGGGCUCUCUCUUGCUGGUGGCUGCAGCCAUGGAGAGGCUCUCUGCCGCCGCUGUCAAGGGCGAGACGGACCCGGAGCGCCUGAGCCCCUUCAGUCAGCUGGUCUACACCAACAACGACUCUUACGUGAUUCACCAUGGGGAUCUCAGGAAGAUCCACAAAGCUGCCUCCUGGGGCCAAGCCUGGAAGCUGGAGAGGAUGAUGAAGAAGACGACAAUGGACCUGAACAUAAGAGAUGCGAAGAAGAGGACUGCUCUACACUGGGCCUGUGCCAAUGGCCAUGCAGAAGUAGUAACACUUCUGGUAGAUAGAAAGUGCCAGCUUGACGUCCUUGAUGGUGAAAACAGGACACCUCUGAUGAAGGCUCUGCAAUGCCAGAGGGAGGCUUGUGCAAAUAUUCUCAUAGAUUCUGGUGCUGAUCCAAAUAUUAUAGAUGUGUAUGGCAACACAGCUGUCCAUUAUGCUGUUUAUAGUGAGAAUUUGUCAGUGGUGGCAAAAUUGCUGUCCUGUGGUGCAGACAUAGAAAUGAAGAACAAGGCUGGCCACACACCACUUUUACUGGCCAUAAGGAAAAGGAGUGAGCAAAUUGUGGAAUUUUUACUGACAAAAAAUGCAAAUGCAAAUGCAGUUGAUAAGUUUAAAUGCAUUCAUCAACAACUUUUGGAAUAUAAACAAAAGAUAACUAAAAAUUCUCAAAAUAGCAAUCCAGAAGGAACAUCUGAAGGAACACCUGACGAGGCUGCACCCUUGGCAGAAAGAACACCUGACAUAGCUGAAAGCUUGGUGGAAAGAACACCUGACGAAUAGGAUACAGUGAAUUUCUCUUCAAAGAUUUUAGCCUGUAAACAUCCUUUAAAAUUCAAGAGGGGGAAGAUUAAGUACAAUGAGUUCUGAGUUCCUCAUCAAAGAACAAAUAUGUCAGUAUGUUCAGCUUCUCUGUUCUUUGUUCUCCGUUUUAAAGUUUAACUUCCUCGUUCUUUAUGCCUCUUUGCCCCUAGUUUCAUUAAACAACCCCCUUCUAGCCUCUAACACCUGCUUUGUCUUUAGUCAUUCUUAGUCACCUGCUCUUGUCCUUAGUCAUCCUUAAACACCUGCUCUGUAACUGUCUUUCCCGCUGAAACUACUCACCCUGCUACUCCAGCUCAUACGCCUGCCCUCUUUGAAAUAGCCAAUCUGAAUUAGCUUAGAGUGUGCAGUCCAACCCUAUCCAAUAGGGAAAAGACACAACAGUAGGGACUAGAUGCAUUAGGAAUAAGAACCCUUUCCCCUCCCUUGUCCGGUGUGAUCUUGCCAUUGCUCCAUCUGCAAGACCACUCUUCUAUAGAAGUAAAUUUGCCUUGCUGAAAAAACUUGUUGCUGGAGUGCUGACUGUUCUUUGCGGCACCGAAAAUUUAUUUUCCACAAAUUUGGGGGCCCACCCAGCAUUCCCAUUCUCCUCUGGGGGAGGGUCCAGUCCUCUCCCGUGAGGAGGCGCACCCCGCUGCCUCGUUGCAGUGGCCAUAAAGAUAAGGAAUCAAGACUCAACUGGUGCGAUUAAUAAACCCGGGCUCUCAGCAACGUGGAAAGAAACAGGCCAGCAACUUUGGGGAAAGGAUCUUCACAUACCGUGGCGACCAGAAAGUUGUUUCCAACACAAAGCUGCACCCUUGGUGGAGGGAACAUCUGACGAAGUUCAAUGUUUGGGGAAAGCAAUAUCUGGAAAGAUUGAACAGUCAGCAGGAGGAAUACCUAGGAAAAUUACAAGGCCUGUGAAAAAAACAUCUGAGAAAUUUGCAUGGCCACAAGAAAGACCUACGAAGACCACAUGGGAGGAAAAAGAAACAUCUAUAAAGACUGAAUGCGUGGCAGGAGUAACAUCUAAUAAAAUUGAAGUUUAGGAAGAAGGAACAUCUAAGAUGAUUACAUGUCCUACAAAAAAACAGCUACAAAAGCAAGUACAAAUGCAAUAAAGAAUAAAUAAUGACUAUGCAUAGGAAGCCAGCAAUGUUUUCUGCAGGAAUUCAGUGGAAAAGUUUGAGCAGAUUGACUUUAAACCAAGAAGAAGAGAAGAGAAGAAAUGCCAAUCUAUUAAAUGAAAAAAUUAGGGAAGAAUUAGGAAAAAUCGAAGAGCAACAAAAGAAAAAGUUAGAAGUGAAGCAACUUGAACUGGCUCUCCGAAUAUACAAAAUAUGGAAUUGAAGACUAAGAAGUAGUCUUACUGAAUCAGGUCAAUCGCUGGUAAAAAUUUUAUAUUUCUAACUUUAUUUCAUCAAUAUUACUUUUAAUAUCCCUUCGAUUUAGUAUGUAUUAUUCAGAAUUAUGAUAAUGCUGCUAUAAUAUUUAGGUACGAACUUUUGUAUAUUUCAUUCAUAAGUUUUCAUUUCUAUUGGGUAUGUACCUAGGAAUGGAAUUGCUGGGUCAUAAGGUACCUAUGCAUAACCUUUUCAGUAAUCACCUCACAGUUUUCCAAAGUGUGUACUAUUUUACUUUCCCACCGGCAAUGUAUGAAAGACCUAAUUUCUCUACAGCCUCACCAGGCUGGAGUGCAGUGGCACACUCUCAGCUCACUGCAAGCCCCGCCACCUGGGUUCACACUAUCUUCCUGCCUCAGCCUCCCGAGUAGCUGGGACUACAGGCGCCUGCCACCACGCCCGGCUAAUUUUUUGUAUUUUUUAGUAGAUACGGGGUUUCACCAUGUUAGCCAGGAUGGUCUGGAUCUCCUGACCUCGUGAUCUGCCCUCCUCGGCCUGCCAAAGUGCUGGGAUUACAGGCGUGAGCCACCGCGCCCAACCAUUUGUCAUUUUUUAUUGUAGGUACACUAGUGGGUGUUACGUGGUAUCUCUUUGUGGUUUUGAUUUUGCAUUUUCUUGAUGGCUUGUGAUGUUAGGCUUUUCUUCAUGCACUUAUUGGACACUCUUAUAUCUUCUUCACAAAAAUGUCUAAAUAUUUUGCCUAUUUUUAUGUAUUUUUUCUUUUUACUGUUGAGUUGUAAAAGUUAUUUGUGCAUUUUGGAUAUAGAUUUCUAAUCAAAUAUAUAAGUUGCAAACAUUUUCUCCA